AUGACUCAGAGAAAUGGAAUCAGAGGGACGAGAGAACGCUGCCUCCACCCAGAGGCCUCCAGGGUCCUGGAGCAGGCCAACGGGAUGGAGCUCGAUAAAGUUCAGGAGGCAAAUGACUGUGACUCUGAGGAGGCGGGGCACAGCAGCGAACCCAGACACUCCACGGCUGGACCAGGAGUAGUCACGGCGCCGGACGGCGGAUGGGGAUGGGUGGUGCUGGUUGCCACCAUCUUAGUCCUGGCCCUGACCCUGGCCUUCCCCUCCUGCGUGGGGAUCUUUUACACGGACCUGCAGAAUGAGUUUCACGCCACCAACAGCGAGACGUCCUGGGUGCCCUCCAUCAUGACGUCAGUGCUGCAUGCAGGAGGUAAAGUCAGCACACCAGAUCCCAUUCAGCUUUUCCUCUAUUUAGUUAAUAUGUGACCUUAAUGAAAUCCCAAUACACUGAAGCAUACGGAAAUAAUUCUGCUCCACUCUUCAGGGCUUUAGUGAGUUUUAUCGUCCGUUCUCCUGUUUGUGUUAUUUAAUGAUCACUCACAACAAUAUAAUCACUCUGAGAGGUGUAACGUUUCAGCCGCCCUUCAGAGCCCCUCAGCCUCAGGCGUAAUUUAAGUCCCUACCUGCUGCUGUUGUUCAGGAAACCUGAGAGAGAGAGAAUCUGGGUGUUUUUUAACUGUCUUGCUGUGUUGGUGUUGAUUAAGGAAACAUAAAUCCAUGAGAAACUUUAGUCCGCCCGUUACCCACAACACAGAGAGACCUUUAAGACAACACACAUCAAGAUACAGAUGACCGCAGUGUGUAUCUUCAGAUAUCCGGGGAAUGAAUAUAUAUAUUUAUGAUAGCAGUGUGUUUUAACUUGAUGGAUGACAUGCAGCCUGCAAAAUGCAGAGUGCAGACAGAGAUUUGUUUCGUGUUGUUUUACAAUCCCUGGAAAUCUGACGGAUGAUGAACCUAAUCGUUGUUUUUCUUCCUAGAUUACCAGAAAUUUCAUAAAAACCCAUUUUAAAGCACUAAUCUUAAAACCGUGAUAUUUUUGUGAUAUAAGGUUAUCAUACUGUGUUCAGACAGAAACCACUUUUAACAAGCUUCCUUGUUGAACUGAGGUCAGAUCCAUCCUUCCUGCUGCAUUCCAGAAAGUUGGGAAAUCAAACCAUUGACUGGCUUUUGCAACUCAACUUGGAGUCGAUUGAGAUGACCACAGAGGGGGCCGGGGUGUCAGUAUGGAGGAUGUUGUUCUGCUUUUGCUCUCCAUACAGACUGACGGAUUGGUCAAUACGACUCAGAUUAUACAUAUUUAGGUAUAAUCAGAAAAUGGAGAUUAUUUCAACGUAAAGAAUUUCACUCUAACCAUCUUUUGUGUUUCACAGACAAAGUCAGAGUUUGUUAAACUUGUGCAAAGGUUACUUCAUCCUUACAUGGAGCUUUGUCUCUUUACAAGACCCUGUUGUGGUUCACAGGGGCGGGUAUGUGCUCACUCAGUAAUGUCAGCUUCCUUCCUGACUGAUAUGUAAUGUGGAUGAAACAGGGAAGUAGUGUCAGCUGAGUCGGACGUAAAGAGUCGAUAUAGAGCUUCAUGUUGACUUCUUUAAUUCUUGUCAAACAUUGAGGUGAGAUCGACAGAAUUGAAAACCCUCUCAAACUUAGAGGAGUGUUGUUAGUCCUCCUUUUUCCUUCAUCACAGCUGUCAGGCUCACACUGAAGUUAUUCUGAUGUUAUUUUCAACAUUAAAACAACUAAAAUUCCAAGAAACAGCGCUUGACGGUGCGGUAAAGUUACUCAGAGGUCUGUGAAAUCUCCACGGUAUCAGAUUUGUUUGAAAAGUUCCACCAAGUCUUCCCAUUUCUUAUCAGUAACACCUGUCCAAUGAAAUAAUCCACGACAUGAUUAAACAAACACAGGAAUGAAAGAGAGGAGUGUCUGUCCAAGUUUCUGUGUAACUCAGAUAUCACCUCCUGCACACUUGGAAAAAAAACUGGAGUUGAUACGAAACCACUUGUACCGGUUGGUGCUGACUCGACACUAUUACAUUUCCUUCCUGAUAAACCCAGACUGGGAAUUUUGGUCUCAUAGGCUUUAGUAUUUUAUUUUUAGAUUAUUUACCUCCUUAAUUCUUUAAAAAACCUUUAUAUUUUUAAAGUAAGGAAAAAAACAGUUUUGCCCUCCUUUCUUGUUAAGUUUUAUAAAGUCUCAUGUACGUCAGCUGAAAGGGAUCAUGUAAUAACUCCACUUGAAAAGAUUUGGCUUCAUUUGAAUGACAAAACUCACCAAAUUAAAUUCCAGAUUUAACUUUGGUAAAAGAAAUAAAGUGUUGAAGGAUUUGCGCUUUAAUCCAGAUUAUAUUUUUUAUCACAGAUCAAACUGAUCAGUCAGUCUUUUCAAACUUUCAGAAAACGUCUUUUAUCUUAAAAUAAUCCGGUAACUUUUAAGCACUUGUGAUCUCUACAGACUCUCUCUUGUUGAGCCCAUUCUGUCCUUUGGCUUUUCAGACACACAUAGAUUGACACACCUGACUCCUUCUGCUCCUCUCCCUGCUCUCCUCUCUCCUCCUCCUGCUCUUCCUCUCCUCUCCCUGCUCUCCUCCUCCUGAUCCUCUUCUCUCCCUGCUCUCCUCCUCUUGCUCCUCCUGCUUCUCCUCCUGCUCCUCCUCUCCUCUCCCUGCUCGUCUCUCUCCUCCUUCUGCUGCUCCUCUCCUCUCCUUGCUCUCCUAUCUCCUCCUUCUGCUCCUCCUCUCCUCUCCCUGCUCUCCUCUCUCCUCCUCCUGUUCUUCUCCCUCUUCUCCCUGCUCUCCUCUCUCCUUUCUCCCUCCUCUCGUCUCCCUGCUCUCCUCUAUCCUCCUCCUACUCUUCCUUUCCUCUCCCUUCUCUCCUCCCUCCUCCUCCUUCUCUCCUCUCUCCUCCUCCUGCUCCUCCUCUCCUCUCCCUGCUCUCUGAUUUAGAGCUGAUUAAGGGGAGGGGUCGCACCCAUGCUUCUGCUUCUUAAGGAUUAGAUGCUACCUGCAACAAUAAAAGGGUUCCCACCUCCUCCACAUGGGGCGGCAAAAUCAACCCGGACCAAAAGUUCCUAACAGGAGCUUUAAAUAGUAAAUACAAAAUCAAAAACAGUUCAUCUUUAUUAGUGAGAGGGGUGAUGGAGUUAACAUAAUUGGCAUGUGAAAACAUGGAAAGUGUCUUUUUCUGGGUGGAAAUAACUGAGUACAAACACUUCAAGUCUUUUAAGGCGCAUCAGUUACACCUCAAGUUUCUUUAGGACCAAAUUCAAAGCGACUCUGAUCAUCCGUAUUUUAUUUACUGUCAAUAAACUGAAAAGACCAAAACACUCAAACAAAGCAAGGACACACACUGCACACACUCAAUCCCUCAUACGUAGUUCUGUUGCCCCAAACAUUCAGGAAUACCAAAUGUUGAUUGAGAUGAUUUAAGUCCUCAGUGGAUCUGCUUUUGGAAAUGAUCGAUCCUUAUUGAAUUAUUUCAUCCUCGCAGGCGCACUCUGUUUUAGUCUUUUCUGGAGGUUCUCAGUCGGGAUUGGCUGCUCCAGUUUGAGUGACGUAGAAAUAAGUAGAUUUCUCUUUUUGAAGUUCAGGAGUACAAAAGCAUCGUGGAGAUCGCUCUCAGUUCUCAUGGGGGUUUGGAGACAGGAAUGCUUUGAUCCUGGGAAGUCUUGAUCUGACAGAAAUGUGACGAGAAUCUCAGGAUUAUCUUCAUUAAGAGACACGCAAGUUAGAGCCGCUCUUCGGAGAAUGACCAAAGGGCAGUGAUGUAAUGUGAUGGAUUUUUGUAGUUCGAGGAAAUAACCCCAGCAGAAAUUGAAAUGUCACGCUCAGACCGAGACCUUGAACAAAUGAACAGAGCGCUGUUCAGAUAAAGUGCUCUAACCCGUUUUUAAGACACAGCGAGGAUAUUUAUGAGAGGAAACUUCUGUGUCAUCACCAAGGAAGUGGGUUUAAUUUAAGAGAUCAGUGAAAUAACAAGACGAAGAAUGCUGUCUCUAUCCUGCGUCUCUCAGUCUAUGUUCUAAAAAUAAAGGAGAAAUAGACCCUCAUGUCACUCAUUAAGUAAUGGCUGAAAAAAACAGAAAGGAUGGAUUGCAAAUUUUGUUAAAAAUCCCCCAAAAAUCUUGUUCAUAAAUCUAGACGCUUAUUUGAAAAUCAAAUAUUUUGUUCCAGAAAUGAAAAAGUAAAGUAAAAAGUAAAAAUAAUUGUUUUAUAUCAUAAUUUUUAAAGCCUGAAACCAGAGUGAGAAGGGAGACCUUGUUUUUACACAUUCCGCAUAAAAUAUUCACAAUAAAUGAAACAUUCGGCGGUCCAAAAUUUUUUUCUUAGAAGACGCCACAGAGACGAGCUAAUAAUAGUAACAUUAUUAGCAUGGACGGUUUUAUCCACAGGGGGCGCCAAAAUGCUCACACAUGAAAGUUCAUCACUGGAGCUUUAAAAAAAAAAAUUGCAAACCACAAAUUCAAAUCCAUCAAUGAAAACUCAGGAGGGAUGAAAAUAGAGUUUUAAAUCCUUUGAGUCUUUCUUCAAGAAGUGUCCAAUAAAAGCUCGGCUCAGUGGAGCUCCCUGCAGCCCGGUUUCCCCACAACCGAGGCAUGUGUCGGAUUCACCGGCUCUGUUGGUGACCUUUUACCAACAUAGCCGACUGUAUUUAGUCCUCAGGCUUCAGGAUACACGAUGUGAAACUUCUCCUUCAGUCAAAGAGAAUUUAUGAGCGGCAGUAAAAGCAAAAUGACGCAUGUGUGAAUUUGUUUAACGGCCCGAGACAAAAGGAAAUCUGAAAAUGUGUCAACAGAGAGAAACGCCCUGGAGAAGAGUAAAUGGGAGAGCAAAUAUGUUUUCGGUUCUGCUUUUAGUGCUUUUAUUCAGAUUACAGCUUAACUCAAGUUAUGUGAAAAAGUGCCGCAGGAUUAAGAAAACGACCUCGCCUCCGCUGUGUAAGCCUGUGCCCGUUUCUGCUCUGGUAUGCAUUAAACUAAGAGCAUUACAUUUGGUCCACAGGUCCCUUUUGUAGCGUGCUGGUGGAGAGAUUGGGUUGCCGGGCGACGGUCAUGUUGGGCGGAGUCCUGAGCGGAGUUGGAAUGGCGGCCAGUUCGUUUACCCAGUCCAUCAGCCAGCUCUACGUCACAGCCGGGGUUAUUACAGGUCAGCAAACAUCCAACUGAUUAACUGUCCAAGCUGUACCUCGACUCAUCAGGACACAACCUGCAGAGAAAGACGCAGUCAGAGACCGGCUGAUGGGGGACGAGGAUCAAACAUGAUCCAGAUGACAGUGACAUGCUCUUAAAUCGAGUCUACAGACAUCAGUCCUGAUGAAGUAAAACUACAGUAGAGUUUGUGUUUAUGAGGUUAUUCUCAGAUUUUCUUAGAAACAACAACAAUCCCUUCUUAGGAGAACGUUUUAUUAGCACAGUUGGUCGAAGUUUCAGUAGUUUUUCCUCGAAACUGGUCCAAUAAACACUUAGUCUACCUUUAAUUUCUUGGACUUCCUAGAUAUGUGUGUUUGAGUAAGUUUUCAGGUUUCAUUGUAAAGAUGAUCCUUUUGUGCUUAAGGGCGCUCUGUAAACAGAAUUUGAUGGUUUAGAAAUCAUAUAAAGCUUUUAUUUAAUUUACAUUACUGUAAUAAGAACAUAUCAGAUGUUGAAACUGAAAUAUUGUCUAUAAUGAUAAAUAUUCUCAUCUAAAAUUACGUGCAGAAUGUGAUUGAGCGUUUUCUUUCUGAAAUACUGAAGGUCUCUUUUGGAGCAGAUGUUGCUCCUAAACCUGUAGAUGUUGUUCAACAUUAAUGGAGCUUUCACAGAUGUGUUUCCUCCUCAUACUGUCAUGGAUGCUGCAGGGUUCCUACGCAAGUAUGGAAGUAGUUUGAUCAAUUUCCAGGUCUGAUAAAUGAGAAAUAAAGUAUGUAAAUGUAUCUGUGUUUCCAGACUGUUACCACAGUUCUAAAAUACUGUUUUCCAAAAAUAACUCUAAAAAUCACCGUAUGGGAAAGUAAAGAAAUUCCAACUGUGUAGGAACCCUGAUGCUGGUUUUUGAACUGCGUGUCGAUAACAAACCAGGCGCUCCCUCUCCUCUUUAAAUCGGAGGAUAUGGUCUCCAUGGUUUCCAAAGGAUGUCAGAUUUUGAUUUUGUCGGACUACAGGACAGUUUUCUCCUCGGCCUCAGUCCUGAGAAACGUCAUGAUCUUUUCUAGCUUGAAGUUUAGUUUUCAGGUGAAUGUCGAUCUCCUGCUCUUCCACUUCCAGCAGUUUUCUUUCUGUUUCAGGUCUUGGUUUCUGCUUCAGCUUCCAGCCCGCUGUGACGAUCCUCGGACACUACUUUGUGCGUCGGCGAGCGUUUGCCAACGCCAUGUCAUCCACGGGCACGGCGCUGGGACUGUGCACGCUGCCUUUCCUGGGAAACUACCUCCACACGGAGCUGGGCUGGAGGGGGAGUUUCCUGGUUUUGGGUGCUGUCUUGUUGAAUUGCUGCGUAUGUGGAGCGGUGAUGAGGCCCCUGCAGCCCCCCGUACGCCGGGGCCAGCCUCUGAUGAACCAUGGACCUCCUCCACCUGAGGAGGAACCUGAGAAGGAGAAACCAGGGUGGGUGAAGAGGGUCUGGAGCUAUGUGGCGGCCUCCCUGAGGAAACACAUGGCCUUCGAUCAGCUCUGCAACAACCCGCGUUACUGUGUGUUUGUCGUCGGCAUCACCUGGAUGAUGCUGGGCUUUGUGGUGCCGCUGAUCUAUCUGGUCCCCUACGCCACGGCCCAUGAGAUGGAGCAGGGCCGCGCCGCGCUGCUGCUCUCCAUCCUGGGCAUCGUCAACAUCACGGUGCGGCCGCCCUUCGGCAUCCUCUUCAGCAUGCCGUGGUUUAAAGGCCGACAUAUUUACGUAUUCGCCUCCGCUCUCCUGGUGAACGGGCUCUGUAACAGUAUCCCCUGCCUCGGGCCCAGCUUUUCGGUCCUGCUGGCGUACGUGGUGAUCUACGGGCUGUCCAUGAGCGUGGUGGGCUCCCUGAUGUUCACCGUGCUCAUGGAUAUCGUGGAGAUGAGCCGCUUCCCCUCAGCUCUAGGGCUGCUCGCCAUCAUGGAGAGCAUCACGCUGCUCAUCGGGCCUCCACUGGCAGGUAAUAAUAAAAAUAACUUUAUUUUGAUGUUAUUAAAAAUAUUUGAUGUUUUUAAAAAUCAAGAUGAAAACCUGAAGUGUUAUGAAUUGCGCUGUACGUGGUUUCAAAACGAAGCGAAGCAGAGGACAACAUGCAUGCGUGAAAUCAGAGGAGGUUCAGCGUUUGCAUGAUCGUUUGCACGUGUUUUGGUGACAUCUCUGCACCAGUGUUUUGUGCAAAGCAUCCAUACAGGAAUAGAAGGUUUAGCCCCUCCCCCACGCGGCUGCAGCUGUAAAUAAACUCCUGCUGCUUCAGUGACAACAAAUACACGAGUCUGCAGCGGUGGAGGAAGUGAAAAAUAAUCCCCGACGAGUGAAAGUCAUGCUUGAAAACCUUGCUUAGGUUGAAAUUCACGUUAGUAUAAUCACAGAUAGAAGAAGUUUCUGUCCGGCGUAUAUGAUGGCUUUAGUUGGAGAGUGUUUUUAUCUUCUGGUUAAUCUCAAAUUUUAAAGUGAUCACAGCUGUAAUGAACUGUUUAUACUGGAUUAAAGUGUAACAGUUGGCUCUGAGGUGUUGAGGGCUUAAAGAAGUCUAAAUUUGACAUAAACCUGAGAAUAACGUCUCAUCACAACACUGAAGUAAACAAACUGCAGCACAUUUCAGCUCAGUGAGUCUGAGCUCCUCUCAGCAGUGUGUUUAAAGGGCAGAAGCUCUCGGUUUCAGGUUUCAGGUUUCAGGUAUGCUAUGUGUCUGCUGCUGCUGUAGCCGGGCAGUGAUGUAACCGCAGACACAACUCACAACAGACUCACUUCACACACAUGCAGGGGCUCCGACUCGGUGGUCACAUACAAGUUGGAAGUUUGAGGACCUUUGAUUCGACAUGAGAUAGAGUGUAAAAACAGGAAAUAAGUGAGGGAGUGUAGAGUGUGGAGAGGCUGAGUCUGAAAUAAGGAAUUGAAAUGAAAGCUUGUGAAUGUCAAAUAUUUGCGUAUGCGGCCGGCCUGGUGGGUUAGACUCAGAGUGAAAAAAUGUUUCUGAGUCUUUGAAGUCAAACCUGCAGCUGAGCGUUUAAAGUUUGAGUGGGAAGACUGGAUUUUUAUCAUAAAUGAAAAGCUUGAUUGUAUAAUGAUAGAUGAUGGAUUUGAGGCAAAGACUGUAUAAAACAUGGAUGAAAUCUCUGUGACCAAGUUGUUUUUUUUUUAAGUUUCUAAAGAGGCAUUUUGAAGCUCUAUGAUGGCGUUCCACUUAACCUAACUUCUAAACACACGCAAAGAAGUGAAGCUAAGGCCUGUCAGUCAUUUCAGUCAUGCCCAAACCAAGGACAUUUUAGUUUAAUCUUCUACACUUUAUAUAUUCUUAACAGGCGGAUCAUUAAAAAACAGCAAAAGUGCAAAGUGUACAAGUAAAGAAAUGAGCUGCAUUGACCAAAACCUUUGUUGAGCCAGGCUGUCAACACGUCCAUUUCUGCUGUUAAAGGGACAUUUCAGUAUUUUUGAAGUAGUAGAAGCAGUAAAAUCUUGUGUGUAAUGUACAAUGAACAACAUUAGAAAUGGAGUGAGUCAGUUGUGUUUAUAAGUAAAGAUUAUGAAGGAAAGUGUUGCUCCACUCUUGUUUUGUGGCGGUGUUACCUGAAGACCUUCUCGUGUGUUAACUGGUGCUGAUGUUCUCUCAUUUUCUGCAGGAGUCCUCAUCGACAGGACAGGUCACUACUUCUUCGUCUUCUUCGCCUGCAGUGCCGUCGUUGCCUCCUCCGCCGUGUUCCUCGUGGUGUCGUUUUGCUGGCUGGAUAAAGGGGACAAAAAGCGGUUAAAGCAGGGUCAGCCUUCAGCCCUGCCUGAGCCAGCCAAACUCACCGCCGUGGACGUCGUUCCUGGCUGUCAGUACCGCAGCGUGCCCACAGAGGGAGACAAAGACAAAUCCUCUGCUAACGGGGCGGAGUACAUCACCAGCGUCUGA